AAAUUAAAGAAAUUAUGUUCUGAUGAUUAGGGCUUUUGAUGACGAAGUACGUCAGGUGCGCUUGACGGACAGCACGCGCGCCUCUGCUUGAAUGCAGUACAUGGCUGUGAUGCGUAGGCUGUGACUUCACGCUCCCGCCUGUACGUCCGAUGGCCGCGGCCCCGGAGAAAGGACGUGACGUCAGGAGCACUCGCGUGCGCUCCUCUGAGCUCUGUGCGCUGCAAAGAGCGUGUGAAGGAAAAAAACGUCCAUUAGAUGCUCUUUUCUUCAUUGCCAUUGUUUUCUUGUGGCCCCACGGAAAAUACGUAUUUUUCUAAUGUCGAGGCACGCAGAUUCACCAUCGACCAGCUCAAAAUGUGAUUUUAAUUUGAUCGAGGAAGGUGAUGGUGGAUACGCAACGAUAUUUAAAUGCGCAUUCUGCCAAUUAGAUAUCAGCCAUGGAGGAGUUGUCGGUCGCUGUCCCCCUCUUGUGACUCUCCCCGUGCUCAAGAAAAAUGAGCCUGUGAGCCUUUUCAACCCGCUGUUGCUACAAUGAACGCCACAGGCGAGCCAUCGAACCUGAUGGACGGACUGCAGCAGCUGGGCUUCAACGGCACCCUGAGCCCCCAGUCCCACACAGGAUGGGCCGUGGUCCACACGGCCACCCUGACCUCCUGCUCGCUCCUCCUCAUCCUCAUCUUCUGCCUGGGCUCCUACGGCAACCUGGUGGUGUUCCUCUCCUUCUUCGACCCGGCCUUCCGCAAGUUCCGCACCAACUUUGACUUCAUGAUCCUGAACCUGUCCUUCUGCGACCUGUUCAUCUGCUGCGUGACCGCCCCCAUGUUCGCCCUGGUGCUCUUCCUGGACGCGGGCGGCGGCGACGGCGUCUCCAAGAGCUUCUGCUUCGCCUUCCACCUCACCAGCUCGGGCUUCAUCAUCAUGUCCCUGGAGACGGUGGCGGUGAUCGCCCUGCACCGCCUGCGCAUGGUGCUGGGCCAGCAGCCCAACCGCACGGCCUCCUUCCCCUGCACCCUGGCCCUCACCGCCCUGCUGUGGACCUCCAGCUUCACCAUGGCCGCCCUGCUGACCAUGCGCGCCUACCCGCGCAAGGACGGCCCCUGCCUGCCCCACUUCGGCCUGUCGGGCUCGCGGGCGCGCGUGGUGCUGUACGCCUACAUGGCGGACUUUGCCUUCUGCGUGGCCGUGGUGUCGGUGUCCUACCUGAUGAUCGCCCAGACGCUGCGAAAGAACGCGCAGGUGCGCAAGUGUCCCGUCAUCACGGUGGACGCCACGCGCCCGCCGCCGCCGCCGCCGCAGCCCCCCGCGCCCCCCACCACCCUCCUGGUGGCGGGCUUCGAGGGCAUGCAGUGCGCGCCGUCGCUCUACCGCAACCAGACGUACAACAAGCUGCAGCACGUGCAGACGCACGCGUACGCCAACCGCGCCGCCCCGCCACCGCCGGUGGUGCCCGGCGGGGCGGCCCAGGGCGCCACCUGCUGCCAGCUGGUGUCCACGGUCAACCUGGCCACGGCCAAGGACUCCAAGGCGGUGAUCACCUGCGUGGUCAUCGUGUUCUGCGUGCUGCUGUGCUGCCUGCCCAUGGGCGUGUCCCUGGCGCAGGACAUGCUCUCGCCGGAGAGCACCUUCGCCCACUACCAGUUCGAACUGUGCAGCUUCGUGCUCAUCUUCCUCAAGUCGGGCAUCAACCCCUUCGUGUACUCGCGGAACAGCGCCGGGCUGCGGCGCCGCGUGCUCUGCUGCCUGCAGUGGGCGGCGCUGGGCUUCCUGUGCUGCAAGCAGAAGACCCGGCUGCACGCCAUGGGCAAGGGCAGCCUGGAGGUCAACCGCAACAAGUCGUCCCACCACGAGACCAACUCGGCCUACGUGCUCUCGCCCAAGCCCCUGCGGCGGCUGGUCGACCAGGCGUGCGGGCCCAGUAACUCCAGGGACUGCGCGGGCAGCCCCAGGCCCGCGGCGGGACGCAAGCUCCGGCCCCCCAGCACGUCCACGCCCAUCAACACGCGCAUCGACCCCUACUACAGCAUCUACAACAGCAGCCCCUCGGCCGGGCCCAGCUCCCCCAACAGCCUGCAGCCCGUGAGCUCCCAAAGCUUCGCCUUCGCCAAGUCCUACGUGGCCAUGCACUACCACACGCCCCAGGAUGCCCUGCAGGACUUUGAGAGCACCUCCGUGCACCAGAUCCCCAUACCCUCGGUCUGAGGCGACCACGGACCGCAAGGCUGACGGAACACGGCCUUACCGGGACGCGCUGGUCUUUGUUUUUGGAGCGUCACAUCCGCUCACUUUCCGGUUAUAGUUUUUUGUGUCAGUAUUGGCAUUUUUUCGGACGUGACGAAUUAAUACAUGGUGAAUUCAUUUGAAUGGGAAAAAAAUUAUCUAGGUUUAAGAUGUUGCGUCUGAAUAUCUUGGGACUUUUUUAGUAAAUGACGAGUUAGAUAACAGUAAUCGAUGGAUGUCAUUGUGUGAACUCCGAUGUCGUUGCUGAUGAUUACCAGUAUUAUUACUGCUACCAAGUUACAAGUGUUUAUAACAAAUCCAUUGUUAUCUAAUUCCUCAUUACCAAACAUCUGUUUGUUACACGUCGUGGUUCUUCUCUGAGGCUCCGUCCCCCACAAAUGAGAUUUGAACAGAGCCUGGACUGUCUGCUUGAAAGUGUCAUUUACCUGAUAUUUUCAUACCGUACAUUGUAUUUAAUCCCCAUUAAAAAUGUAGUUGUCAAGCUCA